CUUUUUUGUGUGUGUUAAUUAAAAAAAAAAAAAAGAGUUACUAUUGGUAAUAAUAAAAAAAAUUCUCUUUUGUUAUUUAUUUUUUCCGAUUCAUUAAAAGGGUUAAAAAUAGAAAUUUAAAAUAGCAAAAAUUUUUCGAUAGCAGACGAUUAUUUUCUAUUCUGUGCGAAUGUCGUGUUAUUUGUUGAUGUGUAAAAGUUUACAGUGUUUAAAUAAAAACGUGCAAAAAUGCAGUCGUUUAAUGUCAACAAUAAAACAAUCGCCAAGCGAAUAUUGUUUGAAUUUAGUCAGAAAACACGAUUACGAAGGUUUUCUCUGCAAUUUACUUUUGAAAAAUGAUAUAAGAUCAACUGCAUUUGCAAUUCGUGCUUUUAAUGUAGAAAUAGCAACAGUCGAGGAUCAAGUGCAAGAUAAAAGAAAUGGAUUAAUGAGACUGAAAUUUUGGGACGAUACAAUAAAUAAUAUUUACAAUAAUUUACCGCCAAAAACACCCACAGCUUUGGAAUUACAUAGAAUUUUACAGCGACACAAACUUUCGAAACAUUAUUUUAAACGUCUCAUUGAUGCAAGAUAUUCAAAAUUAGAAAAUCCACGUUUCACUGAUUUGUCAGCAAUUGAGAAAUAUGCGGAAAAUGCAUUUUCAUCAAUUUUUUAUUUAUUACUCGAAGCAUAUGAGACAAAAGAUUUAAAUGUUGAUCAUUUUGCAAGUCAUUUAGGUAAAGCCUGUGGAAUUAUCACAUUAAUACGUGCAAUUCCUUAUUAUGCACAAAAAAAUGAUGUCACAUUGCCAAUUGAUUUAAUAGAAAAAUAUAAAGUUUCUGUGAAAACAAUAUUUCGCGGUGAAUCCAGUCAGGAAUUAAAAGAAGUACUUUUUCAAAUGUCAUCGUGUGCAAAUACACAUUUGCAAAAGGCUCGAUCCUUGAAGGAUAAAGUUCCAAAGGCGAAUAAUACAAUUUUCCUGCCUUAUGUGAUAGUGGAAGAUUAUUUGGAAAAAUUAAGACAAUUUGAUUUUGAUAUUUUUCAUCAAAAAUUGCAGAGAAAAGAAAAUUUACUUCCGGCAAAAUUGUAUUGGCGGAAAAUGAUAAAUAAAUUAUGUUAAUUUAACAAAAAAAUUGUCCCCUAAAACACAAUAUCGCGUAAGUAAAUUGCAAACCUUUUUUUUAAUUUAAUUUUUUUACGAAUUUACAGAAUUUUCAAUAAUUUUAUUUUGAAAUUUCUAUUAUCAAAAAAAAAAAAAAAAAAAAAAAAACUAAAAAAAAAACUGAUAAAGUAAAUUAAAGAGAAUAAAUUAUUUUCUAUUUUUGAAAUAAAUUUUUCUCGAUAAUUUUAUUUUAUUUUAAUUUUCUCUCUGAGAACAAAUUCUUAGGAAUUCCAAAAAAAUAUAUAGAAGACAUUUUUUAAAUUGUACGAUUUUAUUUUUAUUUAUUUUUUAAUAGAAAAAAGAAAAAAUUAAAAUAUGUGAAUUGGGAAAUAAAAAAAUCGAAUAUUGACAUUUUUUUGAAUGAUUUUAUUCGCAUAAUUUAGUUAUGGCAAUUAAUUCUAUUUUUUUUUUUAUUUACAUUUGAUCGGAUUUUUUUUUUUUUUUGGAGUUAAAGGGAGAGGGCAGUUUUUUUUUGUCAUUGCAAUGCGACUAAUUACACGCACUACCAAUUUUUUUUUUUUUUUUUUUUUUUUUUUACGGGUGCAGAGGCGUGGAAAAAUGUCUAAUAUAAUUAUUUCCAAUCGAACACUUUUAAAAUAUACUCUCACAAAUUAUAUAAUGGAUGAUAAUAAUAAAUAAUUACAAUAAUUAUAAAAUAAAAAAAAAAAAUUUCUAAAAUUCGCUUAUAUUUUAAAGAUAUACAAAAAAAAUCAACAGUAUUUAUAUAUUUAUAUUUAUAUAUAUAUAUUUAUAGAGUAGGCUGAUGCUUUCAACAAUGAUAUCACGCUCACAACUCUUUUGGUCUCUAAAGAAAGGUUUUUUUUUUUAAUUUUUUUUUUUUUUAUUUAAUAUUUAACGGGGAAGCUUCGAGUCGAUGUAUAAAAAAUCUAAAUGCAUCAUUCGCUAAAUUACCAUUACGCAUUCAUUUUUUUUUUUUUUUUUUUUUUUAAA